AUGGUGCGGCCGCUCGCCCUGGUGAAGCCAUUCCUGAACAUCCUGCCGGAGGUUGUCCCGGCAGAGCGCAAGAUCCCCUUUAAGGAGAAGGCCAUGUACACCAUGGUCACCCUGUUCGUCUUCCUGGUCUGCAGCCAGCUGCCGCUUUACGGCAUCCAGACCAACUCCUCCGCCGACCCCUUCUACUGGGCGCGCGUCAUCAUGGCCUCCAACCGCGGCACCUGCAUGGAGCUCGGCAUCAGCCCCAUUGUGACCAGCGGGCUCGUGAUGCAGCUCCUCGCGGGCUCCAAGAUCAUCGACGUCGACAACAGCGUCAAGGCCGACAGGGACCUGCUCAACGGCGCCCAGAAGCUGCUCGGCGUGCUCAUCACCAUCGGCGAGGCCGUCGCGUACGUCGUGUCGGGCAUGUACGGGGACGUGAAGGAGCUCGGCACCGUCAACGCGGUGCUCAUCAUCGCGCAGCUGUUCUUCGCGGGCAUCAUCGUGAUCUGCCUCGACGAGCUGCUGCAGAAGGGCUACGGCCUCGGCAGCGGGAUCUCGCUGUUCAUCGCCACCAACAUCUGCGAGUCGAUCAUCUGGAAGGCGUUCAGCCCCUACACCAUCAGCGGCGCGCGCGGCGCUGAGUUUGAGGGCGCGCUCAUCGCGCUGGUGCACCUGCUGGUCACGCGGUCCAACAAGCUGCAGGCGCUCAAGGAGGCGUUCUACCGCCCCAACCUCCCCAACAUCAACAACCUGCUGGCCACCUGCCUCGUGUUUGUGGUGGUCAUCUACUUCCAGGUGGCGGCGUGGGAGUGGCGCUGCCGCCUGGACAUGGCGCUUGGGGUGGUUGGCUGA